AUGAAAUUUAAUUCAAUUCGAAAAAGAAACUAGAAUGAAAUGAAAUGAAAUUUCUAAGAUUGAAACAAAAAUUAGAAAUCACACGACAUAAAACGUAAAGCUAAAUUUGUUAAAUGAACACUAUGACGACCGUUGUGACUGGCUUUUUUCAAGCAUGCAGCAUUGCCUUCGAAUGGAACAUUCUCGAACAUAGGCGGAAAAACCAUUACUACAGUCAUAAUACGCUUUCUAUUGUUCAAACACACAUUUCACCCGUUUCCUUUGGAUUUUUUUGGUCCAAAAUUUCGUUUUUAAUAUUUUCCAAGUUCCAUUUUCAUGAUAUGAUCAUUGAAACAACGGAAAUUCAUAUCAUUUUGGCCAUAGUGAUCAUAAAGCAAUGAUAGACUAUAGUUUAACAAUUUUCAUUCUCGACCAUUCUAGAAUUUUUUAAACACUCACAAACAUCGAUAUAUGAAAUUUACAAGUCCAUGCUUUCACAACGAUGACGAUAAUCAUACGUAUUGAUUGAUAAUGAGUCAUGAACAAAUUACAUUUGCUCAUAUUUUCUGUGUAUAUUGGCUUCGACAUCAAUUUUGAAUGAAAUCAAUUAUUGAUGAUUUUAUUUGGGUGAAAAAAAAACAGGUCCAUCAACCAUUAUUGAUGAUAGUAGCCACAGUAUUAUUGAUACACAAUGGUCUGAUACUAUUUGUUGAUUGAAUAAAAAAAAAUCAAUGAAAUGCAAACGAAUGGCUUGUGAUGAUAUUCGAAUGACGGGGUACAUUCAUUUGUUGUCGUCAUCCAAUAUUUGUAUUUUGCAUAAAUUUCUGGAUAAAAAUGUCUAGUAAUAACCAUGGACCCGGUUAUUCAAGUCCAUUGGAUGCAAUCAAAAAUGGACCACACGAACGAUGGCUUUAUGUAACAUGUGUAAAACCAGAUGAAUCAUGUCCAGAUUAUUUAGCCACAGUGGAUGUAGAUGAAAAUUCCAAUACAUAUGGUCAUGUGAUACAUCGUACAUAUAUGUCCAAUAUUGGCGAUGAAUUACAUCAUUCGGGAUGGAAUGCUUGUAGCAGUUGUUACAAUGAUUGUUGUAAAAAUCGUAAUAAAAUAAUAUUACCAUGUUUACGUUCGAAUCGAAUCUAUGUAUUGAAUGUGGAUGGACCACAUACUGAUUUAUUCAAAACAGUCGAACCUGAAGAAUUGUUUCGUUUGAAUUUAAGUGGUCCACAUACAUCACAUUGUUUACCUAGUGGUGAUGUUAUGAUCAGUUGUAUGGGCAACAGUGAUGGCCAUAAUCAAGGUGCUUUCCUUUUAUUGAAUUCCAAAUUUGAACCAUAUGCUCGUUGGAAUAGUGAAACAUCAGUUGAUUAUGGUUAUGAUUUUUGGUAUCAACCACGAUUGAAUAUUUUGGUCAGCACCGAAUGGACUGCGCCAAAUAUUUUUCGUCCAGGAUUUUUUGCUGGAAAUCUUUCUGAACCUGGUUGGAUUGAUAAUCAUUAUGGCCAUUCUAUACAUCUUUGGGAAUUCAAAACCGGAAAACUACUGAAAAGUGUUGAUCUUCGAUCCAAUGGUAAUGAUGCUUGUAUGCCACUUGAAUGUCGAUUUUUACAUUCACCAACAUCACCAAUUGGAUUUGUUGGCUGUGCAUAUAGUUCCAAUGUAUUUCGUUUCCGUUAUGAUGCAACAGAUGCUGAAGAUCCAUUAAAAAUUGAUGAAGUUAUUCGUUUGAAACCAAAAAAAGUUGAAGGAUUUAUUGGUGGACAAUUUCUACCAGCAUUAAUAACCGAUAUACUCAUAUCAAUGGAUGAUCAAUAUCUUUUCCUAUCAGCAUGGGCAUUUGGUGAAAUUCACCAAUACACCGGUCUACAAGAUGAUCAUUUGCAAAUGGUCAGUCGAAUUCGUGUAGGUGGUAUACUUGCAUCAUCUGGGAUUGAUUCUAAAAUCAAAAUAAUUAAUGAUGAAGAACCAUUAGAACAAUCGAUGAUACAUUGGCAGAUUCGGGGAAAAAAAAUUCGUGGUGGUACACAAAUGUUACAGCUUAGUUUAGAUGGAAAACGUUUGUAUUGUACAAAUUCAUUGUAUUCAUCAUGGGAUGCUCAAUUCUAUCCGGAUAUGUAUCAGAAUGGAUCACAAUUAAUCAAAAUCAAUGUUAACAACAACAACAACAAUGAUGAUUCAGGUAGAAAUAGUUUAGAAUUAGAUGAUAAUUUUCUUGUUGAUUUUGGUGCUGAACCAAAUGGGCCAGCAUUAGCGCAUGAAAUGCGUUAUCCCGAUGGUGAUUGUACAUCGGAUAUUUGGAUUUGAAACAACAUAAAAAAAUGAUUAAUUGAUUAAAAUUAAAAUCUUUUGUCUUUAUUA